UCAAUAUUGGAAAGCAACAUCCUGCAUCAUCUUUUGAAGUUAUUGAAAAGUAGAAGCAGUACGCCAUCCGGACAACAGUCUAGCUUUAGAGGUACAUCCGCUGUAAACUAACCUCAGCAAAAACUUCAAGCUAGCAACAAUCAUCUGGAACAACAUCAUAGCAUCUCUCUGAACCAACUUCAAGCUAGCAACAAUUAUCUGGAACAACAUCAUAGCAUCUCUCUGAAUCAACCUCAAGCUAGUAACAAAAAUUGGUGAGUUUUCAUUAUUAAACUUUAUUCAAUAAUUAUGGGAGACAUUGGUGAUCUUAGUGACGACAUUAUACAAAAUUUAAUUAAAGCGAGAGACAUUCUUUUUCAAAAUUAUACACCGCGAGAAGCAAAUAUUUGGCUAAAACAUAUUAAGAGGCAUUUAACAUUGUUUAAUAAAGCUAUUCGGUAUGGCGAUUUGGAUGUACCAAAAUUACGACAAUUGCAAACAAACGUUGGACACUUAAAAACAAUUAAAGUGGAAAUUCAAAAUUUUUCUCAUCACGUGGGUGCUGGCAUUAAUAAACGCAGCAAAGUUAAAUGGGAGGAGGUAACUUCAUCAUUUGCAAGUCGGGUUAGAACGGGAAUAAUUAUUAAUCUGGCUCAUAAGGACGUAAUGCAAUUUUUCGGUGAUUGUUUUAAACUUUUUAAAAUUAGAAUUAAAAAUAUUUUAAAAAAAUUUAAUGUAAUAAAAUGUAAUACCGCAUUUUGUGGAAAGUUUAUAAGAAAAGCAAAUCAGGGGGAAAAUAGCGAAUUUAAAUAUUUUAACACAAAAAAUGAAAUCAUAGACGCAGGAACAGACUUGAUGUUGUGGUUCCACUCUAACGUAAUUGAUAAAAUUAUGGCGAAACUAUCAGAGUUUGAGGAAAAGGGUUCAGGGUGGGCUUUUGAAAAAAUAAUAUCGUUGGAGGUUAAUAUUAACAAAAAUGAAAUCGGGAAUGGGGCUUCAUCCUUCAUUAAGCUACCGGAUCAAAUCAGAAAUAAAAACGCGUGUAUCAAUGUAAAAAACAAUGAUGAGGCAUGCUUUUUUUGGAGUAUAGUGUCAUUGCUGUAUCCCUCCAAAGCAAAUUCUGAUCGGACUAGUCAUAUCCACAUUACACAACAGUCUUAAAUGUUGAUGGUUUGGAAACACCAAUGACUAUUGGAGGCAUUUCGAAAUUUGAGAAACAAAAUGACAUCUCUGUAAACGUUUAUGGGCUGGAAAUGAAUGUCGCUAAAGAAAAAACAUUUUACGUAACAAUACCGUUAAGGUUGUGUAAAAUUAAAUUA